AUGUCUGAUCAGGAGGCAAAAUCUUAGACUGAGGAUUUGGGGGAUAAGAAGGAAGGAGAAUACAUUAAGCUCAAAGUCAUUGGAUAGGAUAGCAGUGAGAUUCACUUCAAAGUGAAAAUGACAACACAUCUCAAGAAACUCAAAGAAUCAUACUGUCAAAAACAGGAGGUUCCAAUGAAUUCACUCAGGUUUCUCUUUGAAGGUCAGAGAAUUGCUGAUAAUCAUACUCCAAAAGAACUGGGAAUGGAGGAAGAAGACGUGAUUUAAGUUUAUCAGGAACAAACAGGCGGUCAUUCAACGGUUUAGAUAUUCUUUUAAUUUUUUUUCUUUUCCUUCAAUCCUUUUUUAUUUUUAAAAAAUAGUUCUUUUGUAAUGUGGUGUUCAAAUGGAAUUGAAAACUGGCACCCAUCUCUAAAACAUCUGGUAAUUUGAAUUCUAGUGCUCAUUAUUCAUUAUUGUUUGUUUUCAUUGUGCUGAUUUUUUGGUGAUCAAACCUCAGCUCCCUUCCUAUUGCCCUCUCCUUUUAAAAAAUUACACGUGUACACAGAGAGGCCACCUUUUUCAGGACUGUGCAUUUUCAGGCUUGUGGUGGUAAAGAAGAUCAACCAAUGUGAGUGUCUAUAAUGACUUUCUAGUUGGCCCUGAAGUUCUAGCAUGUGAUUGCUUCAC